AUGAUCUUCACUUUCAUUGCAUGGCAGACUCUCAGUACUGCCUUCUUCUUCACAGUCCUCUACUUCCUUCAUGUGCUCAACGCCAAGUUCUUUCAACAAGCCGUCACCUUCUCCGGCCAUGGCCCACCAAGCUACCCCGUCAUCGGGUGCUUGAUAUCCUUCUACAAAAACAGGCGCCGCCUUUUGGACUGGUACACCCAACUCCUGUCCCAAUCCCCGACCAACACCAUCGUCGUGCGGCGGCUGGGCGCCAAGCGCACCGUUGUGACGGCGAACCUGAAGAAUGUCCAGUACAUGCUCAAGACCAACUUCAAGAACUACCCAAAGGGCAAACCGUUUACUGAAGUAUUGGGUGAUUUUCUCGGGCAUGGCAUUUUCAAUGUGGAUGGAGAGCUAUGGCGAACUCAGCGCAAGCUCGUGAGCCAUGAAUUCAGCACCAACUCGCUGCGGGAGUACGUGAUGAACACGUUGCGCGAGGAAGUUGAGAACCGGUUGUUGCCGGUCAUGCAGUCAGUAUUGACAGAAAACAAGGCAGUGGACUUGCAGGACCUCCUAAAGAGACUUACAUUCGACAUGAUAUGCAAGGUCUCGUUGGGGACUGCUGAGCAACACCGUUCGCUGGAUCCUACGUUCCCCAUUUGUCCGCUUGCCGAAGCUUUCGACGUGUCAUCGGAGAUCUGUGCUCGUCGUGGGGCCGCCACUCUGUCUCUCUCGUGGAAGAUCAAGAGAUUGAUCAGAGUCGGGUCAGAGCGGAGGCUGAAGGAAGCGGUCCAGGAAGUCCACGUGUUUGUGUCACGAGUGAUUAGAGACAAAAUCAGGGACAUGAAUGAAAGAGCAGCUUCUGGCAAUGACGAUCUCCUCUCUCGCCUGAUCUUAGCAGGGCAUGAUGAGAGAACGAUAAGAGACCUUAUGAUAAGCUUCAUAAUGGCGGGAAGAGACACGACUUCGGCCGCCAUGACAUGGCUUUUCUGGCUGCUUUCUCAACAUCCAAACAUAAAGCAAGACUUGGUGAGAGAGGUCGAACUUGUAGUGAAGAAGAGAAGGAGCAACUUGGACUAUGAAUCGCUUAAGGAAUUGAAGCUGUUAAAUGCAUGUCUACUGGAGUCCAUGAGGCUCUACCCGCCCGUGGCCUGGGACUCCAAGCAUGCCGUCGAAGAUGAUGUUUUGCCUGAUGGCACAAUCGUGAAAUCAGGAGAUAGGGUAACUUAUAUCCCUUAUGGGAUGGGAAGGAUGGAACAGCUGUGGGGGAAGGAUUGGUUUGAGUUCAGACCGAACCGGUGGCUUCUCGAACCGGAGAAGGGCGGGACCGGAGAAAUAAGGAAGAUGUGCCCGUAUAAAUACCCGGUUUUUCAGGCGGGGCCGAGGGAUUGCAUAGGGAAGGAGAUGGCUUUUAUUCAGAUGAAGUAUGUGGUAGCUUCAAUUCUGCGCCGGUUCGACGUCGAACCGGUGAAUCAAGGUUGUCCAGUUUUCGUGCCGUUCUUGACAGCCCACAUGGCUGGCGGCCUCCCAGUCAGGAUUCGAAAAAGAAACAUUUCUAAGCACGAUGGCAAUGAAUUUGCCCGAUUGAUCGGAGCAAAUGCUCCCGAUUUUAGAUCAUUGGGUUAAUGUAACAUCGCAUUAUUCCCUUUUUUUUUUUUGGGUACCCCAUAACUCGUCUUCGAGCUGCAACUGACUGCUCUCCGAGACGCGGAGCCCUUUCCCCUGUGCAGAAAUUUAUCGUAAUAUCACGGAGCGAUCUUAUUGUUAUUUCUGUGCAUACGUGACAGUGGAGUCGUGUUACUGUUACAUUAGUUCACCCGGUUAAGGUUGCGUUCGUCAGAUCAACCACCCUCAAUAUCAAGCAUGCUGUGGAUGAUGUGUCUCAGGUGCCAGUUCAACUAUGUGUCAUCCAGGGGUAGGUUAUGAUUCGUUGCCCAAGUACGUUUUCGGUCUCAAGAUGUCAGAAAGCCAAGUUGGAUUUUUCUAGAGAAGGAUAGAGGGCACAUGGGCUUUUCGGGGAGGAUAAGUUCACGUGGGAAAGAUUUUCCAAGCGAUAAGAUGGUGAACGGAGACGAAGCACUUUUUUUUUGUUUAGUAUUAUCACGGAUUUCCUGUAUUAACUGUUGUAGGACCUCUUUCAUUAUUCAACUGUCUCUUCUACCUUUCUUCCUUUUAUUAUUAUCAUCAUCA